AUGCCUCCAGAAUUGAAAGAAUACAUUCUGACGGAAUGGCCAAUGCUUGCAGCCAUGCAGCUACCGAUGCUAGUACAGGAAGUAUCAAGACACGAAAGGGUACCACGACGCAGUGUACCAAUAAUCGCGGGUCCUGAAGCGAUGGAAAAGGAAUUGGCUGUGAGCAAAAUGAAUGAGGAACCCGCCGGCGGUGGAUGCGUCGAUCGAACUGCGGGCUGCGUUUGUGAAGGCGGAAAUAGCAGGCGCUAG